UCCCGACCACGUGACCGCCAGGCCCGAGUCGGGACCACGGCAGCGGCUGAACCGACUCGGAACCUGGAGAUCGAGCGGACGGGUCUAUUCCCAGCGCUCAUCCAGCGCGCUCACCAUGGAGAUGCAUUUCAUCUUUUCAGAUAAGGUGGUGCUUCUGUUUGAUUUCUGGAGUGUCCACAGUCCUGCAGGCAUGGCCCUUUCAGUGUUGGUGGUCCUGCUCCUGGCUGUGCUCUAUGAGAACAUCAAGUUUGGCAAAGUCAAGCUGCUCCACCACACUCUGGUGAACAUGCCCACCUUCACCAGCCAGCAACAAGAGGAGACAGACCAGGACUCUUCAAGCUCAGAGUCACUCCCAGUCAGCAGACCCCGCCUCAGGUGGUUUUUGUGUCACUUUGGCCACUCUCUAAUCCACGUCGCUCAGGUGGUCAUUGGCUACUUCGUAAUGCUGGCUGUAAUGUCCUACAACACCUGGAUUUUCCUUGGCGUGGUCCUGGGCUCGGCUGUGGGCUACUACCUAGCCUACCCGCUUCUCAGCAUAGGUUAACUGGUGAAGGCUGUGCAGGCUGAGAGCUGGAGAAAGCUGAGGCCCCCUCUUCCAGGCCCAAGCCUCCUUUUUCUUCUGAUGGAUGUUCCUCGCCUCACUCCCCACUCCUAGAAACAGCCCAGGCCUGAUCUCAUGCCUUAGAAGGCAGCUGCGACCAGCGGGAGAAGGGAGAGAACAGAACCUGGGGGCAGGGCUGCCAAGACCAUGACAACUUAUCUGUGACUCAAAAUUAAGAAUUUCCAAAGAUCUUCAAGACAGGGAGAUGGGUUCUGGGUGAAGGACAUGGAACCUGGAUGCCCUCUGCUCUCCUGAUUUGUGCCUUACCUAGAGGAGCAUCUUCCAUUGGACUUCUGACCUCUUGGCUUUGGGGGACAGAGACCAAGGCGGCUCUCUUUUCUCACCCUUCUGCCUUUGGAACCUGUGAAGAUCGUCUCUUCUAUGGAUCAUGCUGAUACACUGAGUUUUCAUUUUUUUUCCCACUGAACUCCUGGUUGGCAAUUUUGCACAUUAAUACAUAACAAAAUGUUCAAUGAAAUGAUUUCAUUUUAUUUAUGAUGGAUGGCAGCAUCUGCUGGGACCUAUUUCCCCUUCUUGGGGGGAGAGUCAGUGACAGCUGACUAAAGGCAGAGACAGGGCUGUUAUCAAGGCUCUGUGGAUAGAGAGCUCCUAUCAGUCUGCACUGCUUGUAGGAAGAAGACAGUCUAAUAGCCUUAGGUGCCUGGGAGCCCAUAUGGCCUUAAUGCACCCUUUUAUUCUGAUCCUUCUUUUAUGCAGAACAGAAAACUGCACUGAACAAUCCUUAAUGUUUUUUUUCUUUCUUCUCACCCAUAACAAACAUGAUUCAUUCACUUGAAAUGCUGAGAAAGCCAUGGGGGAGGUACUGACUGAAGAUGCAAUAAGCAGUCAAACCAAAGGGUAACAUUUAUAGAGUGAGACAGGAUUCUCCAGAUACUGACGCUGUUCACUUUACAGAAAAGGAAACAAGACCCAGGGAGAGGGAACCACUGCUGUGUACUGUAAUGUCUACACUCAGGUACCUCAUGGGCUAGACUAUAGGAAGAUGGUCUUCAGUUUGGAGAAUUAAAAAAGAAAAACAUUUUAAUAAAUAUAUAUAUAUUUUUAAAGUGUGUGACCCUUCUGUUUCUCAUUCAAACCAAGCACACGUAGCCCUUACAACAACUGCAGGGCUGAGUGGGCGGAUGGAGCUGGCAGUGCUGGCUGGAGGGCUGAGGACUGAGUUGUCCACCUGCCAUGAAGACAGCUCUGCUCAGGGAAACCCAGCCCCGAAACGCUGUGCCCACAGGCAGACACCCCACAGUACCAGCCUAGCAAACAGUUAUUCUUUUGUUCAUGUAACAAAUAGUGAUUGAGUGUCACGAGAAAAGUAACUGUCACAUGGACUAUAAAUACCUAUGUUGGCACAAUUAUUAGCACCUUCUUUCCCUGAAGGCAGGAGCAAAAAAUGGAUCAAAACUACAUUUUAAUUUACAAUAAGUAACUGGAACAAAGGAUAGUAUGUGAUGCCUUCAGUGCACUCCCCACACUUACAGGGAAUUGGAAAGCUGCCGAAAGUCACAACAGGUGUAAGCCUCACGCAUCCCUUAAUAUGUCCUGAUCAGCUACGGCUCCCUCCUCAGGUGUUCUGCAACCUGUUCAGUUUGAUACAUACAGUCUCUUUUAUGUACUACAUUUAAGAUUUUUUAGUACAGAGGGCU